AUGCUUCGUAAUAUUGCUAUCUGGCCUUCCGAGUUACAAUCUAAAUACGGUGAUAUUUUCGAGGUUUAUGUAGGCUCCUCGCGUAAAGUCUGGUUAUGUAAUGAAGAAUUAGCAGAAAAAAUUCUUAGUCCCGUUAUUCGUAAUAACUUUCAUAAUCGAGUUAAUCAAAACUCCGACCUUCGAGAAAUCGGAUUAGUUAAUACGGGAUUAUCAUUUAAUAUAGAUUAUGAAAGUUGGUCAUACAUUCGAAAAUUUUAUUCGAAAGCCAUUUUUUCACCGCCUUUCUUAAAACAAGCAUUAAUUAAUACACAAAAUUCAUUCCAAAAGAUGGAAAACUAUUGGAAAACGCUUGGUGAAGAUGAUGUACAUGAUUUUGCUGAGUGGGUGCAAAGUUAUGUUAGAGAUACGGUCGGUCUUAUUACCACAAGUAAAUCUCCUAAUGCAUUGGCUUGUUAUCAUAAAAAAAUAUCACCAGAUAGCAUAGAAGUUUCUGAUAGCAUAUUGGAAGAAAGUGAACGCCUUUCGAAAUCUACUCUUAGAUUUAUGACCGCAAUACUAUGGUUUCGUAGUAUCCCAAAAUUUCUUAGAGAUUUACCCGGAAUUAACUUGUUUACAAAAAAAUUAAAGGAGCAAGUUAACUUGCUAAGGACUAACACUAUUAAUAUUGUUAAAACUCGAAGAGAGGAGAUUGAAGGAACACCUGAAGACGCACCAUUGACCCGAGAUCUUUUGACUAUGUUUUUAACUGUCAAUACAACUCGAGAUAUCACAAAGGGCAUUGCGGAUGAUAUAAACGACCGGCCAAUGUCUGACGAAGAGAUUGCUCCAGUUUUUAUGGAAAUUUUUGUGGCUGCACUUAUUUCGACUUCGGAUGCAAUGUGUCAUAUAUUUCAUAUGAUAUCCAAACAUCCUAAAGUAAAGCAACGAUUGGUAAAAGAAUUUAACGACGUCUUUGGUGAAGAUCCAGAUUCGCAAAUAACUUACGAAGGCAUAAAUAAACUAUCUUACUGCGAUGCCGUUCUAAAAGAAGCUUUUAGAACAUCGCCUUUUUCUCAAUAUUUUGCUAAGAGAAAUGAAAAACCUGAUCAGAUUGGUGGAUAUAUGUUUCCGGAAAACACGGACUUUUAUUUAAAUCUCCAAGCAUUUCAUAAAAGCAAAUCUAAAUGGAACGAUCCGGGUUUAUUCAACCCCGAUAGAUUCAUGGACGAAACUCACCCAGACUAUAAAAAUCAAAUUUAUGUAUUUGGAGCUGGAGUGAGAAAAUGUCCAGGAAGAAUUUUAGCUAGCCUCAUAUUAAAAGCUACAAUAGUCAUGUUUUACAGAAAAUAUGAUCUUGAGUUUGUCAAUAAGGAAGAUCCCUUAAACACCACCAAAAUAUUAUUUAGCAGAUGUAUUGGAUUUAAA